AUGGAUCCAAGGAUCGCCUGGUUACAGCCAGAGCAACGCUGUCCCUCCAACAGUUUGUGGAUGCAGAUCUGGGAGACUACUCAAGGCCUGAGGAACCUUUACUUCAACCACAACAGCCCCGACUCCCCUGCACACAGCGGAUCUUCCACCAGCUCCUCGGGGUGCGAGGCCAACAUGCACAGGGAUAGUGGGCCAAUUCAAGCCUCAUCAGUCUCCACUAUGCAACCAUUGGCGGAGCAGGGGGACUUUCUACCUCUGUAGACCACCAUUAACAAUAACAACCAGCUAAUGAGCCACAGUCCUGGUGGGUGGAGAAAAGGACAUGACCACAUCAAUAGGAAUAAGCGAAAACGUGACAAUAAGGCUAGUACGUUCGGACUCAACUAUAGUCUAUUACAUGGCCCCUCUGGUAGCAAUCUCGGUGUGAGUUCAUACAAUGGGACACCUUGGAAAACCAGGAACUAUAGCGAUGAGGUCAUUGGGCUUCAUGAGGAGAUUUUGGACUUCUACAAAUAUAUGUCCCCACGUCCAGAGGAGGAAAGAAUGCGAAUGGAGGUUGUUAAUAGAAUCGAAAAUGUUAUAAAGGAAUUAUGGCCAAAUGCAGAUGUACAAAUAUUUGGAAGCUUUAAAACCGGACUCUAUUUACCUACAAGUGAUAUUGAUCUUGUGGUGUUUGGGAAAUGGGAGACUUUGCCCCUAUGGACUCUAGAGGAAGCACUCAGGAAACACAACGUGGCUGAUGAGAACUCUGUCAAAGUCCUUGACAAAGCCACAGUACCAAUCAUUAAGUUGACUGACUCAUUCACUGAAGUAAAAGUGGACAUAAGUUUUAACGUCCAGAAUGGUGUGAAAGCAGCACAACUCAUCAGGGAUUUUAUCAAGAAGUAUCCAGUUCUUCCUUACUUGGUGCUGGUUUUAAAGCAGUUCUUAUUACAAAGGGAUCUUAAUGAAGUUUUCACUGGGGGUAUUGGCUCCUACAGUCUAUUUUUAAUGGCAGUUAGCUUCCUGCAGUUGCACCCACGAGAAGAUGCCUGUAGCCCAGAAGCAAACUAUGGUGUAUUACUCAUUGAGUUCUUUGAGCUUUAUGGGAGGCAUUUCAACUAUUUAAAAACUGGAAUCCGGAUAAAAGAUGGGAACAAAAAUGAAACGGAAAGCAUCUUGGGACGCAUUAUCAGGGUGACACAGGAAGUGGUCACUUAUAGAGAUUGGAUAUCGAAGCACUGGGGGCAGCAAAAUAGAUCAGAAACUGCAUACAACGGUAAUGAAGUGACUUUGAUAGUAGAUGUCCACCACUUGGAUAAAUGUAAUAAUAAUGUGUCGGAACCGAAAACUUCAGGUCAAGGCAAAAAUAAGACCUCCAAGGUGGUUGGCAAACACUCUUCCAACUCCUCCGGCCCCCUGUCAUCAUCCUCUUCUACCCUAUCGAGCUCCAGUGAUGUGGACUCAGACGGGACACCAUUCAAAACCUUGAAGCAGCCAUCUUGCCGGGAAACCAGCGACAGCAGACCAGGCCCUCAAGAAACCUUCACUAGCUCAUCGCAGCCUAAUUGCAAACAGCAAACUAACCAGAGCAUAGUUUCUUCAAACAGCAGCAACAAAGGCCAGCAUGGAGCAACCAGAUUAUUUCGUUCCACCUCAUCCAGCAAAAGUUUUCAGAGUCAGCCGAACACUAGUCAUGGCACAUCUGUGCCAAGUAGGCACCCGCAAAGUGGUAGAGCACAACACCAGCACUUCAACAGCAAGAAACGCAAGCACAAGCGGGAGACAGACCUGUGCAGAUAGCUGCCGUGUGCCACACCAAACUAUUUCUCCACUUUGUGCAACAAAACAGUUUACAAAGCAACAGACUGUUAAAACAGCAAAUUGUCUUGUUUCCUUCUGUUUUCAUUUUCAGAACUGACUACAAAAUGGAUCAUGAGGAUUUGCAACCCCAGACAAGAAAAAGGAAAAAAAAAACUCAAAAAUAAGAAAGCUGCUCAUUUGAUGAAACAUUUAGGGGGAAGAAAGAUUUUUGCACUUCUGUAUUUGCUCCAUUAUACAAGUCUUCGGAACUGGUGAACUCAUAUCCAGAGGUUUAUAGGCUAAUGAGAACAAAAAUAAAAAAGCAACAUUUUCAGAAAGGGUGUAUUUUGCAGAAACCCCCCACAUUUCAUGGGGCGUUAAUUCUGCAUGAUUUUUUUAAUCAUUUUGAAUAUUCUACCAUUUUAUUGUGCGUUCAAUGAUAUAGAAAGCUGCAUUUUUUUUGUAAAAGUCUAUUUACUUUUUACAUAAAACUAAA